ACAAGACCGUCUUCGGCAUGCCCGGAUUCGUCGUCGACUUCCUGAUGGGUGGUGUCUCCGCUGCCGUCUCCAAGACUGCUGCUGCCCCCAUCGAGCGUAUCAAGCUCCUCAUCCAGAACCAGGAUGAGAUGCUUCGCGCUGGCCGUCUCGACAAGAAGUACAACGGUAUCGUUGACUGCUUCCGUCGUACCGCCGCCUCCGAGGGUGUCGUCUCCCUGUGGAGAGGUAACACUGCCAACGUCAUCCGUUACUUCCCCACCCAGGCUCUCAACUUCGCUUUCCGUGACACCUACAAGUCCAUGUUCUCCUACAAGAAGGAGCGUGAUGGAUACACCAAGUGGAUGAUGGGUAACCUUGCCUCCGGUGGUGCUGCGGGUGCCACUUCCCUCCUCUUCGUCUACUCCCUCGACUACGCCCGUACCCGUCUUGCCAACGACGCCAAGUCCGCCAAGGGCGGUGGUGACCGUCAGUUCAACGGUCUCGUUGACGUUUACAAGAAGACUCUCGCCUCCGACGGUAUUGCCGGUCUCUACCGUGGUUUCGGUCCCUCUGUUGCUGGUAUUGUUGUCUACCGUGGUCUGUACUUCGGCAUGUACGACUCCAUCAAGCCCGUUGUUCUGGUUGGCUCUCUCGAGGGUAACUUCCUUGCUUCAUUCCUUCUCGGCUGGACUGUCACCACUGGUGCUGGUAUCGCUUCUUACCCUCUGGACACCAUCCGUCGUCGUAUGAUGAUGACCUCCGGUGAGGCCGUCAAGUACAGCUCCUCCAUGGAUGCCUGCCGCCAGAUCGUCGCCAAGGAGGGUGUCAAGUCUCUCUUCAAGGGUGCCGGUGCUAACAUCCUCCGUGGUGUUGCCGGUGCUGGUGUCCUGUCUAUCUACGACCAGGUCCAGCUCAUCCUCUUCGGCAAGAAGUACAAGGGUGGUUCCGGCUAAACGCUUGAUUCAGUUCAAGCCGUUUCAGACGAUAUGAUUCCGGGGAAGGGGGUGCCGGUAUCUGGUGUAACUACCAGGUACUGGGCGGUGCGGAGGAGGAUAGAAAUAUGUGUCAAGAGUGGUAUCGAUAAUCUUGACCAUAGAAUGGCGUGAUAUUUCCUCUUGUACCAGUUGUAUUUUACUGCCUGCAA